AAUUAUGUUUUUGCAAAAAACAAACUUACAACAAAACAAGUGCCCAAAAAUCCGAAUUUGGCCGUUCGAGAUAGAUCAAAUUCAGAAAAUUUUCGUUCCAGACCUGCACCAAUCGUCGUGCCUCCUCAGAAACAGCCUUAAGGACAAAAGUACCUUAAGGCAACAGUUAGUGAAGAAGGUACUACGACUGAGACCUUGCACAUCGGACAUCUCAAGGCCACGAAAAUUAUAGAUUUACUACUAUAGUUAGAAUAUCACUAUGAGUAGCCAAAGGGGCAAUUCAUCAAGGUCUAGACCACAAAAACACCAAAACAAAGCUGCUUUUAAGAAUAAUCUCUACGAUACCAGUACUAAAACGAAAGUAAUUAAUUCAAUUCAAGUUGGGGAUGUUUGUAAGAGAUGUAAAGAUAUUAUUGAAUGGAAAAUUAAGUAUAAAAAGUAUAAGCCUUUGUCACAGCCCAAAAAAUGUGUUAAAUGUGGAAACAAGAGUGUUAAACGAGCCUAUAAUAUUAUGUGCCUGGAUUGUGCUCACAAAUUAGGUGUGUGUGCAAAAUGUGGACAGUCCAAAGAAAUCAUUCAAUCACCUCCAUCUGAACAAGAUCAAAUAAAACUGGAUGAAGAAAUGAAAGAACUUCUGAAAUCCUUACCUGAAAGAAAACGAAGAACUUUUAUACGUUUUAUGAACAAAUCUUCUGAAAAUCCAGUAAAAGAAGAUGCAGAAAAACAAAGAAAAGACUUGGUAGAUAAAUUAAAAACCUUAAAAGUAAAUGAAGAGGACGAUUUUGAUGAUUUUAGUGAUGAUGAUGAUACAAAUCUUACUUCCGAUUCAGAAGAAAAUGAAUAAAAUGUAUAUUCUUUGAAUAAAGUUAUAUUUUUUA